AUGCCCUUUUUGCCCGUUGGCCAAGCUCCUGCUCCUCUAAUCUUGUUUUACAAGAUUCCCCUGGAACAGUUCACUCUGCUUUCGCCGCAAUACGGAUAUCAAUCUCUUCACAGCGUCGAAAUAGCUGUCGAAGAACAACCAAAUUAUCCCGACAUCCUUCCAUCGGUGUGGACUGUGCAACUGGCGAUCAUGGAGAAAGAUGGAGCUGUUACUGCAACCAUUAGCCCUAAAGAAGCCAAAAGCAGUGGCACGAUGAUGGUUGAAUAUAUUGUCCGAACGGCUGGAUCGUGCGAUUAUAAGAUCGAGCUGGAGAAAUGCCGCAGUGUGGGAGCCAAGUUGUACAACCUGGUCGAAGUUGUAAAGGGCUCAUGUGGACAAUAUCAUUACCGGCUGAAUCGCAGCGGCAGCGUGUUUGUCAGCUUAAUAUUUUAUCCGGAGAAGUCGUCCAAGGAAAGCCGCAAAGAGCGGCUGGAUUUGAAGCGAUUGCGGGAAUCGCAAACGCUGUCCGACUGCAAAAUGAUCUGUGCUGGUCAACAAUUCCCCGUGCAUCGCGCCAUCUUGGCCGCUCAGUCGCCGGUCUUCGCUGCCAUGUCUCAGCACAAUAUGUUGGAGAAAUCGUCGGGUGUUUGUAAGAUUGACGACAUCGGUGCGGAUGUUCUGGAGAUUAUGAUUAAUUUCGCCUACACGCGUGCACCUUUCGAAGCGAACAAUUUGGUGGAGUUGUGGCAUGCCGCGGACAAGUACGAUAUGGAAGAUCUGCGGCACGAGUGA